GCGGAUAUUUUCGCGAAAGAAAUCACUAAACGUGAAUGCGUUCCGUCUCCAACGGCGAGCGGUCACUUCUCGCUUGGAAAUGGUAGACGUACCGACAUACUUUCCCGCGAUAAAUACGGCGCACCGAUAUUACCGAUAUGCUAUACCUGGUACAUUGUUUCCAACGUCUCCUCUCACGAUAUCACAUCAAUUGGCCGAUUACAUCACCCAUGGCACGUGAUAAGCACACAUCCAUGAAAUUCAAACCUUCGUACUGACCCGGCCAGUGCCCCGCUUGUAAGACGCCUGAGAGAUGAAGGCUGUGGUGUUUUUCGUGUACUACCUUCUGCAAAUUUCGGCUGGCCAAAAGGUGUGCAUGGAUGGGCGGAAUCACAAGGCCAUGCCGGGUCCGGAAGACGACCUUCACGGGCAGUGUACACCCUGGAAAAAGGAAGCCUGUUGCACUGGAAAUACGACACGCGCUGUUCACAACACCAACAUGUACAACUUCACCUACGACUUUUGCGAGACACCCAUGUCGGACGCUUGUAGACGACAUUUCCGUCGUGACCUCUGUUUUUACGAGUGUGAGCCAAACCUCAAACCUUGGAUCGUGAAGGUGAAUCGCAAGAUCGCCAAAGAACGGUUCUUUGAGGUUCCACUGUGCCAGAGUGACUGCGACGCCUGGUGGAACGACUGCAGACAAGAUCUGGCUUGCGUCCGAAACUGGGCGCGAGAGUUUCGGUGGAAAAAAGGGAACAAUCGCUGUCCUGGCACUACGGGCUGCCAGAAGUUUGAAGAGCUCUACAGCGGUGCAUCGGACUUCUGCUCCGAAGUAUGGGAUCACUCUUGGAAAGUAGUUCCUGACGAGCAGCCCUGCAUGCGCAUCUGGUUCAAUGGCUCUCGAGGAAACCCUAACGAGGCAGUGGCCAAACUCUACACCAGAAGCAGUAGCGCACCCGUCUCUCAGUCCCUUCUUUCUACAAUACUGUUUAGUACUCCACUAUGUUUACUCUGUUCAGUGCUAAGACUUCUAUAAUAAAAGCGUUCAUAGCUAAAA